UUAAAUUUUUUCCACUAUACAUUCUAUAUGAUCAAUUAUGAUGAUGAUGAUGAUGAAUAUGAUUAUGGAUGGUCAACAGCAUCAUCAUCAUCAUCAAUCAACUAAUGUUGCUACAGUUUCGGCUACUCCAAUUACAACAACAACAACAACAACAGCAACAACUACUGCUGCUGCUACUAAUACAUUGGUUGAAACAAAUCAAACUAAAUCAAUUGAUAAUGGUGAUGAUGAUCAAAUGAUGAACCAUGAUGAUAAUAUGAAUGAUGUAAAUGGUAUUAAUGUAAAUACUUGUUAUGAUAAAUCUGAAGAUGAUGAUGGUCAAGAAAUCAUUGAUGAUGAUCAUCAACAACAUGAAAAAAUUGAUCAAAAAUCCCGAUCACCGGAUUCAAAUCAUUCCAAUGAUAAUGAUGAUGAUGAUGGUGAUCAUAAACCUACAAUGUUCUCAAUGAAAAAUCGUUUACAUCAUUCCAAUACGAAUCGUCGACGAUCAUCAUCAACAUCAUCAUCACCAGAACUUAAUAAAGAUUCUGAACAACGUUCAAGUCCAGAUAUGAUUGAUAAUUAUAAACGUUCAUUAUCAUCAUCAUCAUCAACAUUUGAUCUACAACAACAACAAUUACAAUUAUUACAUUCAUUAUCAAAAUCUCAAUCAAUAUCGGGUGGUCUAACAGCCCAAGAUCUAUUGAAUCUGGUCACAAGUUCAUCAUUUACUUCAUCACCUUCAACAAAUACAUCAUCAACUACAACAACAACGGCGAUAACGAAUAAUAAUGUUUCCGGUAAUCAUAUCAGUAAUAAUGAAAAUAAUUCAGGAACAACAGUAGCAGCUGCGGCUGCUGCUGCUGCACAAGCUGCUGCGCAAGCAUUUGCCCAGGUUCUUGUUUCAAAUUCAUCGCAAUUAGUAGCGGUAAAUAAUCUGCCAGCAAUACAGUCAUUAUUAGCUAAUCAAGCAUUUCAAGCAGCUGCUGCGGCUGCUGCUGCUGCUACCGCUACAUCCGGUUCUCAACAACAACAACAAAAAUCGAUUCAACAAUCAUCACCAUCUUCUAAUCAUCAUAAUCAUCAUUCUUCAUCAAAUAAAUCAUAUGGUGGAAUUGUAAAUCAAUCCACUAAUCAAUUACGUGCACAUGUUAAUCGUGCUGAUUCUGAUGAAAUAACUGAUCUCGAAGAAUUGGAACAAUUUGCUAAAACAUUUAAACAACGACGUAUUAAGUUGGGUUUCACACAAGGUGAUGUUGGCCUAGCUAUGGGUAAACUAUAUGGAAAUGAUUUUAGUCAAACAACCAUAUCUCGUUUUGAAGCAUUGAAUCUGAGUUUUAAAAAUAUGUGCAAAUUAAAACCAUUACUUAAAAGAUGGUUAGAAGAUGCUGAUGCAUCAUUAAAUAAUCCAACCGGUACAAUUUCGAUACCAAGUCCAGCAGCAUUAGCACAAAUGCCUGAAGCUGUUAGUGGACGGAGACGUAAAAAACGUACCAGUAUUGAAACAACUGUUCGUGUUUCAUUGGAACGUGCAUUCAUACAGAAUCCAAAACCAACAUCCGAAGAGAUUUGUAUGUUAGCCGAUGUAUUAUGUAUGGAAAAAGAAGUAGUACGUGUUUGGUUUUGUAAUCGACGACAAAAAGAAAAACGUAUCAAUCCAUUGGGUCCGGGUUGUGGUUCACCACUUGGUUCAUCACCAACCGAUAUGAUGUUUUAUUCCGGUGAUUCUUAUGUUGAUCAAAUUGGAAAUCGAUCAUCAAAUAGUUCAACAUCAUCUUUAUAUGGUGGUAUUGGUGGUGGUGGUGAUUCUCCAAUCCCUACAACUAAAUCCCAUAAUCAAUCAUUAAUAGGUCAUUUAAAUUUAUCACAACAACAACAACGAUCUAAACAUAAUCAGCAUUCGAUUUCGACAUUAUUAGAUGAUGAUGAUGAUGAUAUUGAUGUUGACAAUGAUGAUGAUUAUGUUGAUGAUGAUAAUGAUUCCUCAAUGAUCAAUAAUCAACAACAACAACGACAGCGAGAAACACCAACGCCGAUGACGACAACGUCUACGAAUGCAGACUGAAUUCCUUGAUGACAAAUCAAUCACCUUUUUUUUACCUUUGAAUUAACCAUUGCCUAUUAUAAUAAAUAUUAUGUAAAUUAUAUAAAUAUUAUUUACAAACA